AACUGUAUGCUGAAACAUGGUGUUGAAACAUGGAAUUUCGUCUGAACACCAGUUAAGAGGAAGAAAACUGUACUUGCUAAAAUCCCUUCUGUGCAUUCAUUUGUACAUAUGAGUAGUUCCGUAGGACUAUUUAUGCGUAAAGUUAGCACGUUCGUAAAUUCAGGUUUGGGGUCCUUUGUGUAAUUUCUAUGUUGAUCAUAGAAGGCGUGUAUAUGAUAUUAGAUAAUGACAUAAAGUCCAGUUCUUAAAUUGUCCUCUGAACUGCCCAGUGUGUGUCUAAAGCUGUGCAAGCAAAAUGAUACAUACUAAAAUUUCAAACAUCUCAGACUUUUUUGAUGAGGGGAAAAUUUACAGUCAAAUGUUGUUACAUUUCUGGUCUUUCUCAAUGAAAGCGUGCAAAGUCAGAGAGCUGUUUGGCAAGGGUAUCAAUGUUAUUCACAGAGUGAUGGGGAAGUGAGUGUAUGGGUAGUACUGUAGUGAGGUAGACAGAGGAAUCGGAUGUCUUCUCUCAUUUUCGCCUGCACAGAGGUUGGAGGGACUACAGAGGUAUAGCAGUCUCUACUUCACUGAAUAGUUAAAUUAUUUUAUUGAGAGUAGAAUGGCUUCAACAAAGAAGAUCAAGGUUAUCCCAGAAUACCCUGUGGGUCAAGAAUUCCUGAACUUACUGGCCAAACUAGCGCCAUUGUACAAUACCAUUGUAGAAAGAGAAUUAUGGCUUUAUAAUGGCAACUUUAACGGCAGCAACCACGAGUUUUGCACUGGACUUGCUAUGUAUCCUAGAAGUGAUCUUUCUCCAGCUUUACUGCAUCUUCUCAUGCAGAGGGGGCAGCCGUUAGCUCUUUACCAGUCUGCAUGUGAGAGGAGAUGCCAUUCAUUGCAUCAAGUAGUUGCAUGAUUAUUUGGGUUCUGUUGAACCGAUUUCGUGAUUACAGCUUUUUCUUGAAUGGGAGGAGACCCAAGUUCAAACCACUGCUGUAAUUUAGGCAUCCCCUAGUCUAUUAGGUUGGUAUCCUCUUCUCUGAAAAAAGCUUAGGGAGGAAGAGAAAAGCACCAGCAGCAUUAUAUUUAUGCAAGUUGAACAGUUUGUUUUGGUUGAAACUGUUCACUCGGUUCAGUAAAAAUCAUUAGCAGUUUUGGCUGCCUUAGGUUCCAAUUUUACUCAGAAGUUCAGUUUCUGUUCUUCGGGUUAUAGACUUCUGACCGUGUACCAUUACGUUGCAGUGAAGUAACAAGUUUCUGCCUGUCGGCUAAUUGUGAUAACUAUGUGAUGUUAACUGCACGUCUGAAAUGUGAGGUAAAACUUUAAAUAUAGAGGUUUGAGCUAACGUGUUGCACUUCGCAAUUGUGGUAAGCUAGGGAAGAACACUUAGAGUCAAUUCCUUUGGCAAUACUGAUGGGUGGUAACUUACACGGGUUGCGUAAUUUGAUCGUGUUUGAUUGUGUUGCCCAUACCCUUAAUCCUGUCUUCUAUAUCUGUAUUUGGAAAGUAAGUUUACUGGUUAAUUUGUCUCUGUAAAAUUUUCAUCUUUCUACAGAAGCAAGCAUGUUUUUGGUAUUAGCCGAUUUUUUUUUUUUUUUUUAAAUCCAGUUGCACUCUAAGCAAAUAUUACUGAGUGAAUAGGUGGGAUUUGACAGUUAAGUAAAAUGGUAUAUUUCCCCCUGAGAAAAUUAGUUUAAACUGAGUCCUGGAAGAAUUAGUUGGAUUUCACGCACUGUUUGGUGUAUAUGGUUUGUCAUAUUAAUAGUACAGUGCAAAUAAAUUACAAAAGGUAACUUGUUAAUGGUGCAAAACUUAGAUAUGUUUUAAAAAAAACACAUUUGCCAUGGGUUGUAGAAUUUGUAACCCUUGUUAUGUUUUAAUUUAGGGAAUAUGUGUUUCUUUAAUUUGAAAAACUUGAGAGAGGUGCUAGUUAUAAAAGUUAGAGAACAGAAAUAGAGAUUUCCAUGCUCUUUUGCUGCUGGAAGUAGAAUAAAGCCAACUUUGCUAUGUUGUAAUCUUAUAUUUGUGUUGAGUAACACAGUAUAUUCAUUUAACCAUGUGUCUCAGGUAGGUAAUAAGUACUCUGCACUGCUAAAACGGUGAUAUGCCCCGUCAGUCUCCCUGGUUCACAAGCAGAAUAGGUAGUUUGUGGGAUAUGUUUUUCAAGUUACAACUGCAGCUUGUUUCUUCACUUUUUUUCCAUAUUCAGUGAACCAGGCAAUUGUAUUUUGACCUGGUAUAGCAGUCUUAUGCUAAUGGUAGAAUUCAUCUUGGAGUUUGCGUGCCCUGCAAUAAUCUCCUCCCUCCCCCAGUCCUUUUCUUUGUCAUUCUGUUGUUGCCAACGAGCUUUAUCUCCUCCUUUGGAGAGAGUAGCAUUCACAGGUUUUAACGUUGAUAAUUGAAACAUGGGUAAAUUUUAUUCACUGUUGCUCCCUGUUCUUCCCCCACCUCACCCCAAGUCCUAGAAAUAGAGUUUGGCAGGAUAUCCUUCACAGUAGUUGUCCAGCAGUUUACUGAAACUCGUGAAUCCCCCUUAGUUUCCCUCUGUUGUAUGGCAAAGCAGCAAGGACACAACUCCCAAUGUUUGUCAUUGGAGGAAAGACUAAUGUCACCAUCUUCUGUGCAUUCUGGCACCCUCUGUCUCUUUCAGAAAGCAGUGAAAGCUGCUACCUGUUACUGCUGCCUAAAACAUUUCCCAUGUUCCAGUAGGUACAGUAGGGUAUAUUUUUAAGUGAUUGCUGCCUCCCACAUAUCCUGGGAGAGUGCUUAAGCAGCAGUUCAAAUGUUAUUUGGAUGGUGUAGAGGGGGAAGGAUGAGAGAGUGCCAUUAGAGUUUUAUAUGGAAUUUAGUCUCUUAUUUACUCUGUGCCUGAGACUGAAAUCAUUGCAGAAGUAAUGUGCACCUCUUUUGGGAAGGAAGUUGUUUUUUUUUUUUUUGUUUUUAUGACCUCUCAGAAUCACCUCUUUGCAGUAACUGAAGGCGCAUCGUCACUGUGAUCCUGAAAGAGCUCUAUCUUUUUCUUCUGGACUAGCAAAACUGUUUCCAGAAAUAUGGAAAGUUGCGACAUCCUGUUAGAGGCUCUUGCUCUUUUCACUCAUGGAGAUGAAACCUCCUAUUUCCCGAGCAAAAAUGAUUCUCAUCACAAAAGCUGCCAUUAAAGCUAUUAAGCUCUACAAGCAUGUUGUCCAGAUUGUAGAGAAGUUUAUCAAAAAGUGCAAACCAGAAUAUAAAGUCCCUGGAUUGUACGUCAUUGACUCUAUUGUUCGUCAGUCUCGUCACCAGUUCGGAACGGACAAGGAUGUUUUUGGGCCAAGAUUCUCUAAAAAUAUUACUGCGACAUUCCAGUAUUUGUAUCUCUGUCCAUCUGAAGACAAGAGUAAAAUAGUUCGUGUCCUGAACCUUUGGCAGAAAAAUGGAGUGUUUAAAAUUGAGAUCAUUCAGCCUCUCCUGGACAUGGCAGCGGGAACUAGUACUGCUGCCCCAAUGACAGAAAAUGCUACUAAUAAUGAAGGUUCGCCGCCCCCUCCAGCAAAGGUUCCUUCAGAGCCCCCUCAAGUCACUGUUAACUCGGUACCUACUGUGCCACAGUUGCCCAGUUCGGAUGCCUUUGCAGCUGUAGCUCAGUUGUUUCAAACAACACAAGGACAACAGCUUCAGCAGAUUCUUCAGACUUUUCAGCAGCCUCCAAAACCCCAGUCACCAGUCAUAGAUAACACUGUGAUGGCUCAGGUUCAAGCUAUUACUGCUCAGUUGAAGACUACAGCAGCACAACCACCAGAACAAAAAGCUGUUUUCCCACCACCUGAGCAAAAAACAUCAUUUGACAAGAAGCUGCUAGAUCGAUUUGAUUAUGAUGAUGAACCAGAAGCAGUGGAAGAUUCAAAGAAGGAAGAUUCAGCUCCUUCUCCUUCAGUUUCUCAGCCAGCUUUUUUUUUUCACAGGACCUCUCUUUCAUUCAGUGCACAGGCUGGAUGGUGCUCAAUACCUGGUGGAUUUCCAGGAGAAGGUAUGCAACAGCCAGUAUUUCCACAACUCCCAAAUAUGGAUCCUUUUCAGCAACGAAUGAUGGGAAUACAGCAGGAUCCAAUGCGCCACCAGGUUCCCCUUCCUCCUAAUGGGCAAAUGCCGGGUUUCGGUCUCCUGCCUACCCCGCAGUUUCCACCCAUGGCUCAGCCUGUGAUACCGCCAACAGCACCCGUGCAGCAAACUUUUCAGUCUCCUUUCCCAGUACAGAGUGAAUCACAUAUGCAGAAAACACAUCAGCAGGAUAUGGAAGUGGAACAGCCCCCUAUUCAAGAAGGAAAAAGACAUGUUUCUGACAACAGAAAGUCAAGAUCUAGAUCUGCAUCAAGGUCACCUAAAAGGAGGCGUUCAAGAUCUGGCUCCCGAUCUCGAAGAUCGCGUCAUCGUCGAUCUCGCUCUCGAUCCAGGGAUAGACGCCGGCACUCUCCUAAGUCUCGGUCGCAAGAAAGACGUGAACGUGAGAGAGAGAGAGAACGCAGGUCAAAAGGCCUUCCUCAGAUAAAGUCAGAAACUGUUAGUGUCUGUAGUACUACGCUUUGGGUAGGACAACUUGACAAAAGGACUACUCAACAGGAUGUUGGAAGUCUUUUGGAGGAGUUUGGCCCAAUUGAAUCAAUAAAUAUGAUACCGCCUAGAGGAUGUGCCUAUAUUGUAAUGGUUCACAGACAAGAUGCUUAUCGUGCCCUACAAAAAUUGAGCCGAGGCAACUUCAAAGUCAAUCAGAAAUCUAUAAAGAUUGCGUGGGCUUUGAAUAAAGGAAUAAAGCCAGAUUACAAGCAGUAUUGGGAUGUAGAAUUGGGUGUUACCUAUAUACCAUGGGACAAAGUGAAACCUGAAGAUCUUGAAAGCUUUUGCGAAGGAGGAAUGUUGGACAAUGAAACUCUCAGUCCAGAGUGGAAGGGGAUUCCCAAGAAGUCUGAAAAUGAAGUAGCUCAAAAUGGAGGUGCAGAAGCUACGCAUAAUGAACCAGUGUCACCUAUACCUAAAGCUUUACCUGUUCCAAUUCCUGUUCCCAUGCCUGCACCAAUAACUGUACCUCCUCCACAGGUUCCACCACAUCCAUCAGGUCCUCCUGUGGUUGGUGCACUCCAACCCCCUGCUUUCACAGCACCUUUAGGAAUCCCACCUCCUGGAUUUGCUCCUGGGGUGCCACCACCACCACCGCCUCCAUUUUUACGACCUGGGUUCAACCCAAUGCAUUUACCUCCAGGCUUUCUUCCUCCUGGACCACCACCUCCUAUAACCCCUCCUGUAUCUGUUCCUCACACUCCAGCAGUAAACAUCCCAAACUCUACAGCAGCUGGUGUAAAUGAAGACACUACAAAAGAUGCAUCUGUUGGAAAUCCCAUCCCAACAGUGGUUUCUGGAUCCAGAGGGAAUGCUGAAACUAGUGAUAGUUCCAAAAUAUAUGGGACUGUUCCACCUCCUGUAGCACCUACUAAUGUACCUGCUCCUGUUACCCAAGCUAUUCCGCUUCUUGGUACUCAAGCAGUUGCACCACCCCCGCCGGCUCCUGUUGUUGGGCUGCAGACUCCCUCCACUGGCCUCUUAGGUGCCAGGCCUGGUUUGAUACCCCUCCAGCGACCUCCCGGAAUGCCCCCCCCUCCUCUGCAGCGGUUUCCCUUGAUGCCACCGCGACACAUGCCUCCCCACAUGAUGCACAGAGGCCCCCCGCCUGGGCCAGGGGGCUUUGGGAUGCCUCCCCCUCACGGAAUGAAAACCCCCUUCCCACCACCUGGUCAUUUUGUGAGACCUGGGGGGAUGCCAGGAAGCGGAGGACCGGGUGGACCUGAGGAUAAUAGGGAUGGAAGGCAGUAUAGGAAUGAUAGGCAGACUUUCACUCCUAACAGAGACCAGGAGAGGUUUGGAAGGAGAUCUUUUGGAAAUCGGGUAGAAAAUGAUCGCGAGCGCUACAGUAACCGCAACGAUGACAGAGAUCACGAGCGACUCGGUAAUCGUGAGAGGAGAGAAUGGGGAAGAAGAAGCCCUGAGCGUGACAGACACAGAGACUUGGAGGACAGAAAUAGGCGGUCCAGUGGACAUCGAGACAGAGAUUCUAGAGAUAGGGAGUCUCGUAGAGACAAGGAAGAAAAUCGAGGAAAGGAGAAAGCUGAGAUGACAGACAGGGCAGAUGGCGAGAAAAACCAUGAAUCUCAUAGUGGCAAAAUGGAAGAUGCAGACGUUGUUUCAGAACUUACUAAAGGAGAGUCUGAACCUACAGGUGUAAAACCUGAGGAAGAGUUAACAUCUGAGGCUACCUCAUCUGUGGAACAAGCUGAAAAGGAUAUUGGCUCAGUUGCAGAGGCUCCUCGUUAGAGACUGGAAUUUGUCAAACCCUGACAGUGACAUUUGUUGGAGUGUAGAGCUUUAGCCUUGUACAGUCUGCUGUAUUAUACUUGCUUCUGCUUAUAUCACAGCCCCUCAGUAGUUGGUGGGGAAUUGUAAGCAAUUUGAUUGCUUCCCUUCUAUUUAAAAUAGCCACCACAUAACACAAAAUACUGAAGAUAUGAUUAAAAUAUUACCCAUUUUUGCUGUAACUUUUUUAAAGUUUUGACUUUAAAAAGUUUACAAAUCAGAAGUAGAAGUGCUUUCUAUUUUUUUUUUUUUUAAUUUAAGAAAAGGUAACGGUGAAAGCUCCUCAAAACAAUAGGGAUGUGUUUUUAAUAAACUCUAUUUUCGUAACAAACUUUAAUGUGUGCUAUUCUUCCUACACUGCACUGAAGUGGAAAAGGAUUGUUCAACAUCUUAAAGUUUGAACUGUUAAUGCUGUACUGGAGUCUAAAUUAGACUGUUUUGUUUAUAUUUGUUAAAAGAAAUACAUCUGUUUGUGUAGCUAUUCACAGAAGCAAAUUUUUAUUUGUAAUAGUCAUUUUGAUUUUUAGAUUGCUGCAUUUUAAUGAUCUACUUGACCAUACUAGGUAAAAGUUAGUGGUUUUAAAAUGUUAAUUGAAGAGGUAACUGUUUAGUGUUUGCAAUGCAAUCAAGGUUUUUUUUCUUUCUUUCUUUCUUUUUUUUCUCCAAUUGGUUCUGUGGUAAAUGUUGCCCUAAUUAGCCUUUUUUAAAAAGUGGACACCCUCAGACAUACUUGGUCCGCUCUGCUUGUAAUGUUAUAAAAUUGUGUGUGGUGGGCUAGGAAGCACACCUGUUCAGCAUCUUUUGUACUUGUUAUUCAUUGAUGCUUUUUGGAAAGUGGGCUGGAAAAGAAAUCAAAGACACCAAAUCACAAUAUUAAAUGCUAACCUAUUUUUUUUAAAGGGGGCUGGGAAAAGGUAGGGAAGUGGGAGGGCGCUUAAGGAUUUUAAAAUGCUGCCUGUUCAUUCACACAAAUCUAGGCUGUUACUGUUGUCUGUGUUAACGAUGUCUACCUCCUGUAAUCCAGCAAGAGGUAGGUUUGAAAUUUUUACCUGCAGUGUUGUACCUAUCAAACGGAUGGAAAACAAAUGCAUAUUCUUGUAUUUGUGUAAGUUUUACCAUCUUCUCUCCGUAUCACUUAAAUAAGUUUGUCAAAUUAUAAGAGGGCAAAUACUAGUUCUAGUAGUUGACCCUUCAGGUGCAAACAGUUUUAAGAGACUUACGUUAACUUGAGCAGUCCGAGCGCCCUGAAAAUUCUGUGAUUAAAUAUAUUUUCUUAUUGAUUAGCCCAUGCACCAGAAGACGAGGCUCAGAUUGCACCAGACAUUCAGUUGAAGCUUGUUAUACUCUUAGAAGUGUAGUGGAAAAAAAUUGUAUGAAUUCUGUGCAUAUUUUUUUCUCCUUGAGAUAGGUGUGUUCUACAUUUGAAGUUGGGUGUUUUCCCCUGAGUGAAGGGCAGCUGCUUUCUUACAUCAGUACUUUUUCAUAGCUGCUCUGCGGCAAAGGGUUUUUUUCUGGGGGAGGGAGUGGGGUGGGAAGGCAAAUAUGGAGUUAUUGAUGGGGGAGAGGACAUAUAUUUUUAUGUUCUUGCAAUAGCAGAAUAAAGAGAGAAAAAAAACUGUUUACAUACUUGUAGUGAACUCAACUUCCAUGUGUUAAAAAUUUGUGUCCUUAAUGUUUGUUUCAUGCUGGGCCAGUGAAACUUAACUUUUUCAUACAAAACCAGAUGUUUAUGUCUUAAGUUUAAGACUGUCUUAAUAACAACCGCCAUAAUUCUGUAAGGAGAUAGGUUUUUUUAAUGAAUACACUUUAUUAAAAGAUUUGAAGACAAGAAUGAAAGAGAUGGAAGGCUUAUCUGUUACAGCUUGUGCAAAUGCCACCUCACAUUUUCACUCUCUCCCUUUAGGAGAGCAGAAACAAUGCCCAGGAAAAGUUCUGAAUGCCAUUUUCAGAAUGGUUUCUUACUUCCUUCUGAAGCAGUACUUGUGUAAUAAAGCAUUAUUACUUCAGGUUUCACCAGCAUAGCUAUAUCCUACUUUUGUAUUAACUACCAAAUUUCUGGCUUUAAAAAAGACAGCCCAGAAAUUUAUACUUAAGAUUAAUUUAGUAAGCUCAAUGUCAGCAUCCAUUACCAAUAGACACUACAGUUCUUCCAAUCGGAGCAAUUAAUAUCUUGGUUACUGAACCAAUAUCUACCAUAAUGUAUGUACAUAAAUGGAGUAUUACCUCUGCAGUUUAACAUAUAGCACUGAAUUCUAGUUAAAUGUCUGAUGGCAGACUAGCCUAAAGAGAAAACAGAUUUGAAGGUAAACAUCUAUAUAUCAGACUUUCAAAAAAAGCAACGUUCAGCACUGAACAGCUGGGAGAUGACUGAAGCAUAGUACUUCAACCUCGUAUUUGCUAUUUUUUCCUCCUUUGGGAGAAGAGAGGCAAUAUAGCUCUCCUCUAAACGUCUAAAGUGUAAAGAGAAGACACAAUGACGGUGGUAUUUGUAUUAUAUUCAGCGUUUGGCAGCCUGCAAUGCUAAGUGACAUGAAAUACGCAUUCACCAUCUUAACUCUGCUGCUACAGCUAAUUCAGAGUGUAUACACACUAAUCCACUGGAAAAGUUACAGGUGGGUAGAGACUGUACACACAAUUGUUUGCCACCUAUAAUGAAUGUAAGUUUAAAGUGUUUUUACAAUAUUCUUGCUAUACCAAGAACCAUUCCAUAUGUAACAUGCUACACUGGAAUUUGGGUGUCCAAAAGUACAAGCAACUACUUCCAUGAAUAUCAUUUGUGUACAAGAUAUAAAGGAAUGUUGAUACUAGUCUCCAUUAAAAUUAAUGAUUUUCUCUAUUAAAAGACUUGAAAAAUCUGUGUUUAAGUACAUACUAAAAAAGCUGGCACUAGUAUACAGCAAUUACACUGCUGAAAAUCCUUAUGACUUCAGUAUUUUUACUUCUGGCCAUGUAUCUUUUAAUCAAAGGCCUAUCCCACACUAGACUCAUCUAGAUGCAUAGCUUCAAGAAAGGUAUCAUUCACAAAUGAAUCAAGAAUUUGUACUGCACAACAGCCUUGAUUUUCUCUGAUGGGAGGUUUCCGCAUCUGCCCAGAACAAUCCAACCACACAAAGCUGAGGUCCAGAAGAUAAGGACCAAGUAUUCAUGUUGAACCCAGACAGUUUUGUAUGCUUCAGUCCUCCUCCCCACCCCAAUUCUGCAGUCCCAUUUGAGUGUCUCAAGUGUUUACGCCAUUAAAAUUUACAGCAAGAUGGUAGUUCUUGAAACAAAAAGUUGUCCUUAAGUACAUGCAACCCAACUGUAACAUGCAGAGGGUACUGGGUACUGCCACAAAAAUCUAUUGAGCAGAACUCCAAUCAUGAGUAUUGGAAUACUAUUGAGCAUACUGAUCGAGUAAAGGUUUUAGCUGGUCCAGCAUUACUGGCUAGAAGUGAUUUGCUGAAUGCUGUUGCUGUCUAGCAAACUGACUACUGGCAUCAGGAAGUCCAGCCCUAUUACUCAGAGGUUAGAUCACCAGGUAGUUCCUCCCACCCCCACAGACAGCAAGACCAAGGUAUAUUUGCCCAGCACAUUUAUUAGGUAAGGUUGAAA